AUGGCUCCUGAGCGCUUCGUCAGGAUCGUCCAGAUAUUCGGGAGGCUCACGCUCAUUUGGCCUCCCGAGCCGCAGGCGAGUUACUUCGAAAAGUGGGUGACGAACGGGGCUUGGUACGCGGCGGCGUUGCUCAACGUUCUCAGCAUUUUCCUGACGAUUCGCCAGCUCGGGAACAUCGAUAACGACCCGGUUUUCCUCACGAGGACGCUCACCAUCCUGGUCAUCGUCGGGGAUUCCUUCUUCCAUCUCGUCCUCGUCAGACUCCAAUGGCAGCGAUUCGAAAUCCUCGUGCACGAAGUAACGGACUUUUUGAAGGCAGCGAAAACCUACGAGAAACUCGUGUGCCGAAAGUACGUCAGACGAUACUUGGGCCACCACACUUUUCUCGUGCUCACCUUCCUCGCUGGAAUCGCCGCUUUUUUUAUCGAGCGCUACGUCACCAAGACCGAAUUUCCGCUCGAUAAUUUGUAUUCGUCGUCAAACGACACCGACAUCAAUCGCAUUUGCGUAAGGACUUUGCAGUAUUUCAUGAUCCUGGAGCCGAUGUGCCUCCUGUCGGGAGAUUUCAUGAUAAUAAUGUUGCUUUGGUACUGCUCCGCGAGGCUCGAGCUUCUGGGCGAGUCGAUGCACCACGUUCACGAUCCUAUCGAGCUGCGGAAGUGCGCGAGGAGGCACGAGAACAUCAUCAGUUUUGUAAAGGAGACGAACCUCGCGAUCGAUCUGAUCAUCCUGAAAAGCCUCACCGCCGUUUCCGUCGUCAUUUUGUGCGCGGCUCUCCAGCUCUCUCAUCGCUCCAAAUGGCCGACGCUCUCCCAAUUCUUUCUCAUCAUCUGCGUCGCCAGCGUCAGGCUCUUCGGGUGCGCAUGGGCCGGGGACGAUCUCACAGAAAUGGCUUCGAGGCUCUCCUGGUCGAUAUACCAAUGUCCAGCAAUCUUUAGGUCCUUAAGUUUGAGCAGAAGUGCUUCGAUAAUCAUUCAGACGAGCAAGAGGUCGUUGGUGGUAACAGUGCUGGGGAGAAACCUGGUGCUCUCGUUGCGGUUCUUCUCGAGGUAUUCGAUCAAAGUCGUGUCGUUCUUCAUGACCCUGAGGGCCUGCAUCGAAAGAUACGUCCGAGCUUGA